AUGAUUAGUUACUUGUUGGAGUUAUAGAGAAAGCUAAUUUUGAAUUUGAUGGUAUUAAUAUAUCAUAAUAUAUAGUGUUUAUCCACUAUCACUGUUAGGUUUGGAUUAUUAACAUUUGCAUAUUGA